AUGUCUACCUCAACAUUCCCAUCGGCAGAAAACUUUGCUCCAUUAUGCAACUUUUUAAGAACCAGUUCUCUAGAUAAAAUUACCAUGUCUAAUGUAAUUACACAACAAUGGAAUUGUUUUAAAAUCCAAACGGAACAAGAAGAUUUCGACUGCCUCACGAAGAUCCUAAAAGAGAUGGAAGGUGAAGACAUUGAUGAGGGACGUAAACAGCAUCUUAAAUCGUUGCAAAAUGUUAGCCAGAUACGAUUUAUUAGGAACGAACUGUUAUCAUUAAAGGAUAUGGGGUUCUUACGAGGAAAAUUCGAAGAAGGAGUAGAUUGGAAAGCUGUAGCCUUAAAUAGUAUAACGAUUUUGAAAGAUAAAAUCAAGAAGAAAGAUACACCGCCACAUGAACAUAUUUUCACAAAAAUAAGCAGUAUAGAUGUCGAUGAAUUAUCAAACGACGACCACUAUGUAUUGGA